GUGGCGGCGGUGACGCGCGGCACCGCCUCCAUUUCGCAGCGCAGCGGAGGCGCAGCUAGUGUUGUCUCGGCCGUCGCGGAGGGAGGAGGGAGCCGAGCGCCCGCCGCACCGUGCGCCCACCUGGCUCGGCCCGCACCGAUACCCGCAGCCCAGGGCCGGACCCCCGUUGUCUCUCGCAGCGAGCUCCGAGCUCAAAGCCAUGAGCGGCUGCCGCGUCUUCAUCGGGAGGCUGAAUCCGGCCGCCAGGGAGAAGGAUGUGGAGAGGUUCUUCAAGGGAUACGGCCGCAUCCGCGACAUCGACCUGAAGAGGGGGUUUGGGUUUGUGGAAUUUGAGGAUCCGAGGGAUGCAGAUGAUGCUGUCUAUGAAUUGGAUGGAAAAGAGCUUUGCAGUGAGAGGGUUACAAUUGAGCAUGCAAGAGCACGCUCUAGGGGUAGAGGCAGAGGGAGGUACUCUGACCGUUUUAGUAGCCGCCGUCCACGUAGUGACAGGAGAAAUGCCCCACCUGUAAGAACAGAAAAUCGCCUCAUAGUAGAAAAUUUGUCUUCCCGAGUCAGCUGGCAGGAUCUCAAAGACUUCAUGAGACAAGCUGGGGAAGUAACCUUUGCAGACGCACACAGACCUAAGUUAAAUGAAGGGGUGGUUGAGUUCGCCUCUUACAGUGAUUUAAAGAAUGCUAUUGAAAAGCUUUCUGGUAAAGAAAUUAAUGGAAGGAAAAUCAAACUAAUUGAAGGCAGCAAAAGGCACAGUAGGUCCAGGAGCAGGUCACGGUCUCGUAGCAGAAGCUCAUCCAGGUCUCAUAGCCGCUCCCGUUCCCGCAGCCGCAAGUCUUACAGCAGGUCGAGGAGUAGGAGCCGUAGCAAGUCUCGAUCAGUUAGUAGAUCUCCAAUGCCAGAGAAGAGCCAGAAACGUGGUUCUUCCAGUAGAUCUAAAUCUCCAUCAUCUGUGGAUCGGCAGAGGUCUAGAUCCAGGUCGAGAUCUGUUGACAGUGGCAACUGAACUAUAAGUAACUUGCCCUGGGGGCCCUUUUUUAAACCAUACUUGCUAAAACUUGUGGUAAGUAUGUGACUUUCUGUGGGGAAGGGUUUGGAUGGGGAGGGGGGAGGGAUGGGGGAACUUUGUAGAUGUGGACCAUGGUGGGAAGGGUUAUUGACUUAUUGUAUUAAAUGUUUUUUGAUAACCCUUUUCUUGCUCACAUUUUUUUGUGAAUGUCUGAAGUGUAUAGUUUGUGUAUAUUGGCAGAGCUCUUUAUAACUAAAGCAGACAAAUUUUUUUGUACUCCAAAAAAGUCAUCUGAACACUUAAUUCCCAGUAUAUUCAACUGUGAAUAGCAACUCAGAACAUUAGUUUAAUAUCUCAAAUUAAACUAAUAGCUUUAGGCAUCUAAGAGCUCUACAUGUGCUGUACAUAAAGCUUUAUUUCAGAAGGUAUUUUUUUGUGCUUUUGAACCAUUGUUUCAGUUAUAGGUCAGCAGGUUAAGCGCUGGUCCGUACUGGUAAUAAAACUUUAUUUUAAAAGCUUUUCAUUUAAUAUGACUUGCACUACACUAAGAAAAUGCCCAUUUCACUGCCCUGUGGUAAUAAUAGUUUAUAAAGCACCCUAAUUCUUGAUACUUAAGAAUUAAAUAGCUCAAAUAAAGUAUAAAGAAACAUG